CAGCCAGGGGAGAUUCGCGGCGGCGGUGCAGUACUGUGAUCAUCAGUAGAUAUACUGUUGUACAACCUGAAUAUUCCCUUCCGACAUGGAACUGCACAUGUUGACAAGACGUACUGAUGUAGAACACUAGUAUUUGCUUGUUUACUGAUGCUAGAGAUUUGGAGAAAUAAGUCUCUGUUAGUACUCACGCGAAUAGAAUUUGAAAUCAAUAGCGAUUUUUGCCGUGAUAUGCCUAUAAUGACAAGCAGGCAGAUGAUUCCGCACUCUCGUCCCCGCAUUAUGAAAGGUUCAAUACAAAUUUAACUAUUGGAUGGUGAUCGCAGACUUCAGUCGUGUAGUUUCCCUUUAGAGUGUAUGGACCCUCCCUUGGUGUCGGACUAAGUGGUCUUAUUGUUUCCAAACCUCGUCCUUGGACUGUCAGUGAUUGGAAAAACAUGUCUGUAAUCCUCUCUUACACCACUAACCGACCACAAAUCUCAUUUACCAUUCUUGGAAAAUUUUAAUUAUCCUCCUUUUUUCUAAUGUUUGUUGAUGUUCUUUGACGGCCUGCAAAACUGCCUUCUCUGGGGAUUUAUUUCAACAGACAGUCACAUAGUGCCAUGUGAGAGGAUUACGUCUGAAGUACCCUUCUCUGGGACAGUGACCCAGCGCUAUGGAAAUGUUUUCUCUCAUUAAAAACACCCUCGCGUCCGAGGACGCCAAUCCGAUCCACCGACUCUACAGGGUGGGACAACAGGUGGGGACAGGUGGACAGGAAAUGUUGUGGCGGAUCCAUGAAGCAGAAAGCAUCGAGGAAGAAAAGGGUGCAUCAGUCUUCACUUUUAACAAGAAGAUCGCCAACAAACUUCACAAGCCUCGGCGGCGAGAGCAGGUGUCCGAGAUUCUACGUCAUGACGUCACUCUCCUGAACAAAAUGUCGAACGCUUCCGUCCUCAGCGUGUACCACGGUCUACAGGAGGACAAGGAGAGUUUGUCUUUUGCCUCAGAACCUGUCGCCGGAAGCUUAGCAAAUUUUCUAGAAAGAUUUGACAAAAUGUCUCCUCAGAGCAUAAGCACGACGUGUGGCUUUAUGGAACACGAAGUUCAGUGUGGAAUUUAUCAGAUUACUGAAGCUUUAAUGUACGUCCAUGGUGUAGAGCGGAUGAUACAUCGUAACGUUAACCCCGCCUCCAUUCUCAUCACCCAGUCAGGGCGCUGGAAACUGGCCUGCUUUGGAUUUGCAGAGAAAACACAAGAUGGAAGAGAAUCCUUUUCAUGUAAAGCAUGGAGCCCAAAGAUUUCCAAGAUUUGCACAGCCUUUUUUAGAUUUGAAAUACAUGUAUGUGAAACAGAUGUUUCGGGCAUCGUGGUACUAUACACACCUACAACAUAUGUCAAGCAGUUAGACACGCUUACUCAGAAGUUUGGAGACAUUGCUCCCAUGAUGCCCCCCGCUUUGGUGGACCCGGUGGAAAAGAUGAUAAACAGGGACAUCCGCUAUCGACCUACAGCCCAGCUCUUCUCAUUGCUGAAGAUGUUCCACGACCCCACGGUCACCACACUACAGCAGCUUGACAACCUCCACUUAAAGAGUCCCUCCGAUAAAUCCCACGUGUUCGGUGUGAUUUCUCAGAACAUUCCACUUCUUCCGAAGGCAAUUCGUUGUUCCCGCCUUUUACCCAGCCUGCACCAGGAGUUUACGUCACGUGACUCUGUCGUCACAGCGUUACCGCCCCUUUUAUCGCUGGUUCAACACUCAUCUCCUGAGGAGUUCUCACAAUAUGUCUUUCCAGAAAUAACCUUUGUGUUCAAUUGCUCAAAGCCCGAACAGGGCACUGUGUAUCUUCUGAAUAAAAUCGAUUUUAUAAUAUCCAAAUGCACCACUAACCAAGUUCGAAGUGAUGUUAUGCCAUUCAUCUUGAAACAUAUUAAAUCCGAGUCGUUUAGAAUACAGGAAGCUGCCCUGAAUGCCUUAUUGGUCGUCAAAGACUGUCUGGACGACACCAUUCUCAGAUCGACCGUUCUUCCUUGUGCCAAAGAACAGUUUCUUCAAACGGCCGAUGUUAAGAUCAAGCUUAUAAUAUUGUCGUGUAUUAAACAUUUAUUGAGCAUCAUGAAUCCUUUCACGAUCAGAGAGGAAGUCCUUCCAUUCCUAGUCGACAUUGCCAGCUACCAGGAUGCAUCAGUAAUAAUGGCUGUUGUUGGUAUAUAUAAACAUAUGUUAAACAAAAGGGAUUCCGUGUUAACCAGGGUCUUUCUUGCACAGAGUGGAAUGCCUUCUCUUCUCCCACACACUGUGGACCCGGAUCUCAGCACUGACCAGUUUAGUAUCAUAAUGGACGUACUUUAUGAUAUGUUGGGAAUGAUCGAACAACACAGAAGAAGUAAUGGCACUCAAAGUUCUACACCCCAAAGGGAGAGAUUGGCGCCAUCCGGGGGCAGUGACAAAAAUUUGCUGUUUGUUGGUAAUUCCUCGCCCUCUGGAAUCCAGAAAAGCCGAACAGUUCUCCCUUUCCCAGAAUGCUCCAUUUCAUCACUGACUAGAGGCAGGCUCUCCCGAAACUCCAGUCAGGAAGCGCCUAACAGUCCAGAGCUCUCAAAGUUAAAGGAAAAAGAAAUGCUGACGGUGUCUAGCAAGGAACCGCUGCGGAGGUUCAGCUUAGUGCCGCCAGGUGGCGGUACCCCCGCCAUUAGUCUGACCCCGGAUGAUGGGGGAUACUUAGAUAGAAACCGACGGCCGAGUCUCCAGAACAUGGGGCAGUACAACCACGACCCGGAACGCUGUGAGCGGAAAAGUAGCACCGGAAGUCUGUUUAGUUUUUCUGAACCCAGACAUACAGCGCCACGGCGCGGUAGUUUCCAGGCGUUAGGGGAUACUGUGAUGCAGCUUUUCUCUAGUAAAUAAUGAGGCUUCAAGAUGAUUUUCAUAACGGUGCAGAAAAGAAAAAAAAUUCAUAAUAGUGGGACUUCAUUCAUUCUUCUUUGUUACUCAAAGAAGGCGCCGAAUAUUGCCAUACUGUAAAUUACGAUGCUUUAAUAUUGAUAUAUUUAUGUGUG